GUUUGGCCCCAGUCCACCUUAACAGAAAAAAGGAAACGACUCUCAGCUCAAAGAGGCAGAAAGAAGAAAGAAGCGAAGGUCAACUCAUGGCGAGUAAACGCGGCGAAGCAGUGUACAGAAUCUACAGAGCCCUAACCUACUGUGUAUCCCCGUUGGUGCACCUCCAUUUACGGUGGCGCAAGUUUCGAGGCCGAGAACACUCCCUGCGGUGGCGCGAACGCCUCGGCUGCCCCUCUGCGCCCCGGCCUACAGGCCGCCUCAUUUGGUUUCACGCGGUCUCCUUGGGUGAAGGAUUGGCAGCAAUUCCCGUGAUCAAGUGCUGUUUGGAGAUGAGGCCGGAUGUAAAUGUAUUGAUGACGACUACUACCGCGUCAGCAUUUGAAGUAAUAAAGAACAGACUUCCAAGUAAUGUAAUUUAUCAGUUUGCUCCACUUGAUAUACCGUCUGCUGUGGAUUCUUUCCUUCGAUAUUGGAGGCCAAAUGCAGUCAUGCUGAUCGAAAGUGAAAUCUGGCCAAAUCUUAUCAUGGGCGCUGCAAGAAAUGGUAUUGCAUUGACGUUGCUAAAUGGCAGAAUGUCUACAACAUCAUUCCGGAAUUGGUCUCAUCCAGUAAUUCUUCCAUUGAUCACAUUGAUGCUAUCAAAAUUUUCAUUGAUUCUCCCUUUGAGCACAAUCCAAGGAAUUAACUUUCAGCUAUUGCAAGCUCCACCAUUUAUCAUACACUAUCCUGGAGACCUCAAAUGUGCAAUAGCAAAUUUCGACAUUUCUGAAGGAGAAACAAAAAGUCUGGAAGAAUUUCAGGCACAGCUUUCACAUAGAAAAGUAUGGAUGGCUUCUUCCAUUCAUAAGGGUGAGGAGAAAGUAUUUAUAGGAGCUCACAACAUGCUGAAACAAAAGCACGCUGAUAUACUCACUAUUAUUGUGCCACGACAACCGCAGCAUGGUCAAGAUCUUGCCCUGAAAUUAAGGGAGGAAGGAGCUACUGUAGCAUUGCGGUCUCGUGGUGAUAAUAUCACCCCUGGAACAAGUAUAUACAUUGUCGACACAUUAGGUGAACUGAAAGAUUUCUACAGACUAACUCCAAUAGCUGUAAUAGGAGGUUCAUUCUUGAAGGGAUCAGCGGGUCAUAAUAUUGCGGAAGCUGCUGCAGCUGGCUGUGCUGUUGUGACAGGUCAUCAUGUUGGCCAUUUCUCACACAUGGUGGCAGAAAUGCAACGGGUGAAUCCCCUUUCAGUUCUGCAGGUUCCUGGUGAAAAGCUUGUAGAAGUUGUCAAUCAGUUCUUUGAUAAUUUCAAAAUUCUGGAAGCACACCGCGUGGCUGCCAAACAAGCAUAUCAUGCUUUGUCAAGUGGAAUUGUUAAAAAGUUAUGGGAGAUGUUACACUUCCACAUAUUCAUGAAAUCAAUAAGUAGGGAUGACGUUGAUGAUGUGGAGAAGCUAAAUAUAACAGAGAAGUUAUGAGCUGUUUCAUGUUUAUUGCAUAUUUAAGAAUUGAUUGUGGGGAGUAUGUUACUAGUUGUGAAGAAGAUGUCUAGUGAAGGUGCUUCCACUUGUUAAUAUCAAUAUGCCAUGUUCAAGCGCACACCCCAAUGUUUCUUGUGCAGGCGCACUGGUGCAAUUACUUGAUAUUGAGGGUGGGAGUGAUGUUUGUGAGAAUGCACGACAGACUUGGAGCAUCCUAUGGCCUACCUCAAAGAAAGAAGCAAAAGGGGAGUGAAGGGCUGUUCUGAUACUACUAUAACAGCUGCAUAGAGGACUAACUCUGGGAAUGAUGCAGAGAAUUGUUUCUGCACUAAGCACUAGGCUGUCGCAUUUCUUCUGUUAUGCAAAUCUCAAAUUAUCAAAAACAAAAGUACCCGUUUCUCGAGCAUGCACAUGUCCUAAAUUCUAAUGGCUGCACUCGAAGCAAUUCAUGCAUCAUACUGGCGCUUCAUUUGGUUGUACCUUAUUCAAUUUGAUACUGAAGUCGACUUCCAAGCA